AUGGCUAAAACCAGUGCUUCUGUUAUUCUAGCUGUCCUUGUGGUAACAUUAUUUCUGAAGGGCUGUAAUGCUGGGAAUGUAGAAAGAGGUUAUCAACCUGAGAAAGGUGAAGCUGAUGCUUACAAUUCUAAUGAGCUAGUUGAUUUUUUUGAAUGCUUGAAAUUGUUUAAGCUGUGUUAUGAUAAUCCUCCUAAGUAUUGUUCUGAAUACUAUGACAAGUGUAGAGAUCUCCAAACCACCGUAGCUAAAAGUGAUAAUCAUAUAGCUGAAAUCCUAAUUCCAUGA